AUGGCGACCAGCAGCACCCUAACGCUUACGGUCCAGCUACCCCCCAACCAGUACCAUUCAUCCGCCAAAACCCUCCUCGGACUCCCUCGCGAACUUCGCAAUCAGAUCUACAAUGCCGUCCUCGUCACACCACCAAAGUAUUCUCUGAGCCACAAAUCAGAAUGCCAUUUCCGUCACAACCACACCCGCACCAGCAUCGAGCCUGCCGCGUACAUGGUGCUGGAUUCCAAUGUCGAAAUCUCAGGCCCGAGGCUGAAUUCAUGGAUUGAACCAGUACAAUGCCAAUGCGCCAAGCGACCCGGCCUGAACUUGCUGCUGGCAAGUCGGCAGAUUCACCGCGAGGCCGCACCUCUGUUUUGGCAGAAGAACGAGUUUGUCUUCAUCACCCCUGACGAAUUCACAAAUUGCGUCGGCUCGAGGUUGAGACAAGAGUACCGCGCCCUCCUCAGGAACGUAAACAUCGCCUCCCUGGAGGCUUGGAACAUGGACGUCAAGACAACGCGCAACGUCCUCACGGACGAAUACAUGCCCCCCACCCCGCGCUGGCACCAGUUCUGGGGCGUCAUGAAGCAGUGCAAGGGGAUGAGGCGUCUGGCCGUCCGGCCCGAGGUGCUACGCAAGUGCACCAACGACGUGGCCAGGCUGCGCACCUUGCUCCCCGAGCUCCGGAAGCUGGAGAUGACUUUUAUAGGCAAGUACAAGGACAGGACGGCCGCCUACGCGAGGGACUACGUGAACAUCAGGAGCAGCCCGGAGGUCCAGCGACACAUCAUGUUUGUGAGGGCCGCGCAGGAGGUCGACUUGGAAGCCUUCAAACCCACUGCGCAGGCGUGUAAGGAGCUCUACAGGAACUUCACCACCAACUUUUGCGUCCACGUGGACAGGGUCGUCAAGGAGAGGUUUCUCGGAUGCUGGGACAUGGAGAAUGUGGAUCUGCACGGGGGCAGUGUGCUCGCGUCGCUCAACGAUUCAUGCCCCGAGUACGACGUCGAGCUGCCUACGGGCCAGACGGUGAAGAUCUGCUUCGAGGGAGUCCCGCAGAGCAAGGAGACGCGAAUCAGGAUCGGGAGAGAGAAGAUGAUUCGGGAUUCGAAGUUGAGGAGGAUGGGCAAGCCGAAUCCCGGCGAGGAAAAGGCAUUGGCGGAGGGCCGGAGGAGACGAGAGGAGAAGAAGGAGGAGGCCGUUUUGGAGGAGGCGAGGGAGAGGGAACGCGAGCUGGAGACGAGAAGGCGAAAGGAGGAUGACAGGAGGGACGCCGAAAGAAAGGAGCGCGAGCUUGAAAGGGAGGAGCUUGCGAGGGCUGCGGAGCUCGCUAGGGAGGAGAGGAAGGCCGGUAGGAAGAGGGCAGGGAGAAUCAUCGUCGAGACCGAUGGCCCGAAGGUAGAGACGGAGGACGUUGUGCCGCCGGAGCCGGUGAAGAUGACGGAGUUCAAGAAGGAGAAGGCGAAGAAGAACGAGAAAAAGGGGAAGGGGAAGAAGGGGAUGGGUAGGAGGAAGGGUGUGAGCGAGAUCGAAGAUGAUUGGGAGGUUGAUCGCCACUUUGACUCGUGGCUAGAUUACUGA